GACAAAUUUAAGGUGAUAUUUCGCCUACUGUAUUUCAAUUGUCAAACGUUUUUAGGGGUUGUAUUUCCAUAUGAAAUUUCAUAGUAAAUAAUUUGUCCUUACGACGAUGUCUAUAUGCAGUUACUGUGAUAGGUAGUUCAUUUGUUGAUUAUAGUCACUCAUGCUGUAAAGUUUGCAAUAGAUAUCUUCUAAAAGUAUGAUUCCUCUGAUCUUUAAAGAUUAUCAGUAAUUUUUGCAAUGUCUAUCGUGUUUCAUAUUGAAACUCGUAAAAGCUAUGCUAGGGUGAUUAUAUAUAUUUAACAGUAGGUCUUUUUCUUUUUCAGUUUCUACUCGUAAGAUAUUAGCUCGUGGAGCAAUUCCAUCCUUAAACUUGCCAGUGAAGAGUAUACCACCUCCACCUCCUGCUACACCAAGGCGUGAUCUAGUGCGACAGCAAAUUGAUGAUCCUGUCCUAGUGGUUUAUCGAAACUUUAAACACUUUCAACAAAAGAUAUUACCAUUGAAGAUGAACAGAUGGUGCAAAAAAGGGGAAGAGGACAGUAUAGUUUUUGAGUUUUUCCAGCCACCUUAUACCCUACCAAAGCUUUCCUUGUCAGUUGUUUCUGAACUCACCUUUUCUGUUGCUGUGUACAACUGGUUUUUACCAGAUGACCAUUAUAUUUAUGUUAGUCACAAAAGAUCUUUAAAGCAUACAUCCAUCUCUACCCUAAUGGCCACUUUGGAAAGUGCUCAAGUUUGUCAAGGUCUAAGUAAAGAGAAACACAUUGUCUCUUUAUGUGAAGAUCCCAGUCCGACUUGUGGUGCCAGCAGUGUCAUGAGACAUACAAUCCCAAUUGAGCGAAAGUGCUAUGAAGAAGAUGGUCCACCAUUUCAGGCUCAUGUGUUUAUCAGGUCAGAGCAUUGUGAGUUGCUUUGCAGCAACGUCUCCUGUUCUGAUUGUAUCAAAAAGGAAAAAUCCCUUACAAAAAUGAAAGAGAGUGCUGUCAAGAAAGGAACAGAGCCUCUGAAAAGUAAUGCACCCCUGUCUGGCUCAAGUAAGGAGAGGUUAAUUGCCACUGUUCAACAGCAAAGGCUGGUUUGUAAAGAACUUGAGGGUCGAAUUGCUGAACUGGAGAAAGAAAUUGAGAGCAACAGCAUCCCUAUCGACGAAACAAUGGAAAAAGAUAUCUUGGCAAUUCUUGCUGACAGAAGUGAUGAUGUAACCCCCCACAUGAAAGUUUUCUGGGAGCAGCAAAGGAAACUACUAGCUAUGCCAAAAUUUGGAAGAAGGUACCAUCCUCAUAUCAUCCGUUUCUGCCUGUCUCUUCAUGCCAAGUCUCCAGCAGCAUACAAAGAAUUGCGAGAGUCUGGUGUUUUGGUACUACCAAGUGAGAGAACUCUCAGGGAUUACCGAAAUUUCUUCAAGCCAAGGGCUGGUUUUCAUCCUGAUAAUAUUGAAAGAUUAAAGAAUCAAACAAGCCAGUAUUUUGACAUACAGAGGUAUGUUGUCCUUUCAUUUGAUGAAAUGAAAAUCCAAUCAAAGCUGGUCUUUGAUAAACACUCCAAUGAACUAAUUGGCUUUGUUGAUCUUGGAGAAGAGGAACUGAAUCUUAGCAGUGGAUCGUCUGACCUUGCGACCCAUGCCCUGGUAUUUUUUGUACGUGGUGCUGCAAGUGUUCUUAAAUAUGCCCUUGCGUACUUUCUUACUAAAGAUGUCACUUCAUAUCAGAUAAUGCCUUUGUUUUGGAAAGCUGUAUCUGUACUUGAGCUUACGUGUAAUCUCUGGGUUUGUGCCACUGUAUCUGAUGGAGCAUCACCUAAUCGCCUCUUCUACCAACUGCAUUCCGAUUUGGUCGAACCAGGUACAGAAGUGGUAAACUACACACCAAAUCUUUUUGCUUCAAGUCGAAAAAUCUACUUCUUCUCUGAUGCACCACAUUUGCUUAAGACUACCAGAAACUGCCUAUUUAAUUCUGGAAGUGGUAAGCGCACACGCUACAUGUGGAACAACAAGAAGUACCUGCUCUGGGAACACAUUGCCAAACUAUUUACUCGGAUCUUGAUUCGGGUCUCCACCAGCUACCUAAGUUGA